AGACAAGUUAUCGAGCGCUAGAUUGAUACGUAACGAUAAGAACGUGCUUACCCUCAUUCGAAUAAUCCGCGUGUUUGCCUACAUCCCUGCCGAUUCCCCAGCAGUGCGUCUCAGGUUACUUCUACAACAUGGUGUUCUUGGGUUUCUAUCUUUUUGUAUCUAUAAUUCCAUGUAUUUCGACUAUCCUGGCUGUACAAGUUCAUCCGGUCGCCCGUGUUGUCACCUCGUCUGCUACCUGCAUUAAUGAAUAUUCAUGGAUGAACGACGCUCAAGGCUACUCGCCUUGUCUCACAGUCGCUUAUGUCGAGGCUUCAUGUAUUGGGAACAACUAUGAGCAACCUGCCUUGAUGGUCGGUUAUUCGUACUCCUUGCCAAAUUCUUCGACCGCAAAUGCAUGUUAUUGUUCUUGGUCGUCCUAUAAUCUCUUGAUGGCGUGCACUCUGUGUCAAGGGUUCACCGACUCUGUCUGGACAUGGCCUACCUGGGCAUCCGGGUGCAGUGCCAACUCGUCAUGGAUAGAGGAAUAUUUCCCAUCUCAAUAUGUGCUUGCUGGAAAUGCGUCCAUACCUUACUGGGCUAUUAAAAAUCCGAUGAACUGGACAUAUGAGACUUUCAAUAUUCAAGAUGCGAGCGCUAUUUAUGAGCAGAAUCCUGUCAACGUCAUUCCAGGCACCUCGUCAACCUCAUCAUCAUCCAUCAGUUCCAGUUCAAGUUCAAACUCAAAAUCAACCGACGUGACUGCGAUAGUUGGCGGCACCAUCGGAUCUGUAGCUGCCCUCUCGCUUCUCGCCAUCGGCGCCUAUCUGAUGUACAGACGCCACCUGUACAAGAAAGGACUCUACGCCUCUGUGGUCAACCAACAGGCAUUCAUAGCUAGAGGUGAUGGCACAACAACGCGCUUGACCCCCAACCGUAGGCCGUCCAACACAUCCAACUUUUCUCCGUCAGUGUUCGGCUCUCCUGUGUUGUAUGGGCACUUGUCCCCGUCGCAAUAUGUGUAUUCCCCACGGCCCCAGAUGGCAUAUCCUUCUCUGCAAGGUUCGCUAUCACCUCCCCCACGGGCGAAUACGACUCCCUACACCACACAUAGUAGGCAACAACAACGGUGCGAUGCCAUACCAAUGAUUUAAAAGUAACAAGUUUCUGGGCUUAGAAUGUCGGAGACGCGCGCAUUCUGUGGAUUUCUUGUACUUCUAGACUUUUUUUCUAGAACAAUCUUCAUUUUAGUAUAACGUGCCAAGUAUAGACGAUAUUUAGGGUCAGCGAAUUUCUCUGCUUCGCUGCAUUCUGGUGCAUCCAGUCGUUCGUUCCCGUCCUCUUGCGAUAUGUACACAAUCUCCGUAGUUAUCAAAAUACAGUAUUUGAUUGAUCAUGAGAUGUGGGCGUGCUUCUGGCAUUCUUCUAUCGUUC